AGAGUUUAGAAAAGGAGUUUCAUGUAGAGCCCUUCAUUCUCCAAACUGCAUCACAGAGCUGAGCAGUGAGGGAGUCAGCGGAGAGAGGAAUCACUUUUCCAUUCCUAACACAGAGAAACCAGUUGGAUGUUUUGGAGAGAAAGCGUUUAAUAUGAUUUUACUAUAAGGAAUAAAUCACCUUUACUUUACCAUAGUUGUCAGUAUUCAUCACCAUGCAGUUACUUUUGCUCGCAGUGGCGCUCGUCUUUACGCACGACCUUACUGGAGGAGCCGUGCACCCUGACAAGUGCGCCCCCCGGUGCGACGCGAGCCUGUGCCCGAGCCCCAGCUGCCCGGGCGGGUACGUCCCGGACCGCUGCAACUGCUGCCUGGUGUGUUCGCCGGGCGAGGGUGAGCCCUGCGGCCGCAAACACGACCCGCCCUGCGGCGAUGGCCUGGAGUGCAAGACGCUGGCUGCUGCGGGGAAGCGGCGCGGCUCCAGGGGGGUCUGCCGGUGCAAGACGGAGCACGAGGUGUGCGGGAGCGACGGGAGAACGUACGGUAACGUGUGUAAGAUGAGGGCGGCCAGCAGGAAGGCUCAGCAGAAGGGGAGGCCGGAGAUCAUCCAGGCGCACAAAGGAGCCUGUUCUGGUUCGUCCUUGGUCCAUCCCAGCAGCCCUCGCUACAAGUUCAACUUCAUUGCAGACGUAGUCGAGAAAAUAGCACCGGCUGUCGUCCACAUUGAGCUGUUUGUAAGACAUCCUUUGCUCGGUCGCCACAUUCACCUCUCUAGUGGCUCUGGGUUUAUUGUGAGCCACUCAGGCGAGAUUGUGACCAACGCUCAUGUGGUAACCACAGCUGCCUCGGUGACAGGGAGGCCCCAGCUGCGUGUUCAGCUCCAUGAUGGCGACACGUACGAGGCCAUGGUCAGAGAUGUAGACAGGAAGGCGGACAUCGCCACAAUCAAGGUCAAUCCUCAGAAGAAGCUUCCUGUACUGUCUCUGGGCAGCUCAGCUGAUCUGAGGCCGGGGGAGUUCGUGGUUGCCAUCGGCAGCCCCUUCGCCCUGCAGAACACCGUCACCACCGGCAUCGUCAGCAUGGCACAGAGAGAUGGCAAGGAGCUGGGCAUCAAAGACUCAGACAUGGACUACAUCCAGACUGACGCUAUUAUUAAUUACGGCAACUCAGGAGGACCUCUCAUCAACUUGGAUGGGGAGGUGAUCGGCAUCAACACUCUGAAGGUGACAGCAGGAAUCUCCUUCGCUAUCCCCUCAGACAGGAUCAGCCGCUUCCUCACAGAGUCACAGACCAAACACAGCAAAGAAAAGACGAGAUUACAGAGACGACUCACAGAGGAGCCACAGUCUGAUGCAAAAGUAAAGAGACGUUUCUUGGGCAUCAGGAUGCUCACAAUCACCACAGAUCUAGUAGCAGAGUUAAAACAUCAUUACCCAGACUUUCCUGACAUCCACAGUGGAGUGUUGGUGCAGCAGAUCAUACCUAACACUGCAGCAGAAAAGGGAGGGAUUAAUGAAGGUGAUGUCAUAGUGAAACUGAACGGACAGCCAGUCGACACCACUGAAGACGUUCACGAGGUGUUACAGGGUGACCAGCCACUCCUGCUGGAGAUUCGCAGAGGCAACGAUGACUUAUUGUUCAACAUCCACCCGCAGGCUAUUGUGCAUUGAGCAACAAGGCAGAUAAUUUGUUCUAAUUUCGAGAAAUGUUGGGCAAGAAAGUAUACAUUUUUUGGCCAUGGGUAUUUGGCCAAUGGGAGUUUUAAAUAAGCUAUUUAUAGAUUUUUUAACUGAUUUCUAAUUAAAGAAGAACAUUUUUAGUCACAUACUUUGUGUGGUAGUUUACUGCAAAAUACUGCAGACAAGAAUUUAUUGCACUGUACACUCAGGCUUCAGAAUAAAGGCCUCCGGAGAAGUA